AUGGGGUCGUUCGGGCGGUCCAAGGACGACAGCAAGGCCCUCGAGGCCAUGCGGCGCAACACGCGCCUCGGCAUCGCCGCCGUCGCCGCCUUCGCCCUCGGCUACGUCGCCUACGCGACGGGCGGCCUCGCGGGCUUCGGCGGCGGCGGCGCGAACGACGACGAGUACAGCUCCCACAUCGUCACGGAGCUCCGGUGCCCGCCGCCGAGCAGCCGCUUCGUCGACGUCGAGAAAUUGGGCGCCGUGAGCACGAAGCGGCUCGUCCGCGCGGCCAGGGCCGCGGGCACGGGCUGCGGGGACCGGCCGCGCACCGUCGUGACCAUGAGCUCCUUCUACGGGCGGCACACGUCCCUGCCCAUGGUCGUGCGGAGCAUCCUCGACCAGUCGUGCACGCCGGACGCGAUCUACGUCUUCCUGAGCCUCGUGCCGCUCAUCGACCGCGAGUUCCGGCACAACAAGUCGCGCGCCGUCGGCGACGAGAUCGGCGCCUUCGAGGACGUGCUCAAGGCGCUGAGCCCGCUCGUGAAGCUGCACAUGAUCACGCGCGCGGAGGACGACUUCGGGCCGGCGACGAAGUUGUUGCCCGCGCUCCGCCUCGAGCGCGACGCGCGGACGCACCUCAUCACCGUCGACGACGACACGACCUACCACGAGGACAUGAUCCUGGCCCUCUCGCUCACGGCGCAGCACGCGUCCAAGCCCGUGUCCGUGGGCUUCUGGUGCGAGGAGUUCGGGUGGGCGCCGCAGCAGGGCUACUUCUUCAUGCACGCGCAGUACCGGCGCGAGUGCCUCCGCGUGCCCGUCGAGGGCACCUGCCACGGCUGGCUCUCGGGCGUCUCGGGCGUGCUCUUCGAGCGCGGGUCCCUCGACGACCAGAUCUUCAACUACACGGACCGGCCCAAGGGCUGCUGGCUCCACGACGACGUCUGGUUCGGCGGCCACGUCGUGAGCUCCCUCGACGCCGUGCCCUACCUCAUCGACCCGGGCUUCAAGUCCCGCAAGGUGCGGCGCAUCGAGCACGACCGGUCCAAGUCGUCGUCCUACCUCCAGACGCUCAAGCUCCGGGAGCACGGCGACGACCCGGAGGCCCAGUGCGCGUCCUCCUUCGACUACAUGCGCGACGCCGUCCACCGGGGGCACCACAAGUCCGCCGGCGGGCACCGCUAG